UUUCACCGCACACCAACUCAAUUCACAUUGUUGUUUGCCUAAUUUUCACUUUUAAACUCUGGAAAGUAUCGAAAUUUUAAUUGUAAUUGUUAAUUAUUUUAAAAAUUAAGUGAAUGAUACGCGAGAAAACGUGCCGAUAGAAAGACCAGAAUGGCAAAAAGUAAGAAAAAGUCUGGUAAUGAGAAGAAGAUUGAUGAGGAGACAACUUCUCAAGAAUCCAGUUCGUUAUCGACAAGGACAACUAGUGAAAUUGGCGAAAUAUCAGGAUUUAAAGUACUUCGGUGGAAAGCCAAACCCGAGAGUGAAGUUAUCCGAGAAUUUUUUGUCAAAAUUCACGAUGUUUCCGAACCGACAAGAAGAAAACCUCUAGGAAGGACGCUGCUCAUCCUCAAUAUUCCCCCUUUUGUUUAUGAGAAGAACAUUAGGCAAAUGUUUAGCGCAUUUGGAAAAAUUGACGAAAUUUUUCUGCACCAAAAGCCAACGCUCUCAAUUCCAAACCAGGCCAACAAGUAUUUCCCCUCGGAAAAAGAAUUGGUCGACGGGUACAAGGUGGCCUAUGUCGUUUUCUCCGAUAUCAGAUCAGUCAAAGAGCUAAUACAGAUUAAAACUAACGAAAUUGAACCAUUACUUUUAAAUGGUGAAAUUCAUGCUGGGAUGCGAAUAUGUUUUCUCUUUAAAGAAUGGAUCGAUGACUACAACUCUCAGAUAAUUGACCCCGCAGUGCUUGAAGAAGAUGUAAAACAGUACAUGAUUGAAUUUGAAAAACAGGAAAUACGUCGUAAAGCAGCUGAAAAACAGGCCUCCGAACCAGACGAUGAAGGAUGGGUGACUGUCACUUCUCAGGGUAAACGAGCUGGAACCAAAAGGACCGAAUCCACACAAGAGAAACUGAAAGCGAAAAAGCGACGCAUGGAGAAAGCAGUGCUAAAUAUCACACCUGCCCAAAUAAAGGCGACCAAAGCUAAACAACUGGAAGAGCUCAAGAAGAAGUUUGACGAAGACAAGCAGAAGAUCGCGUUAUUAAAACAACAACGGAAGUUUAAGCCGUUCUAGUUUAUAAAUUGUUUUGAUUUCGUGACUUUAUAUGUAGACCAGACUCUCUGUCGUAUAUGCAAUAUCUGUACAAAGUUCAAAACGAUCAUGUUUUAAAAGAAUGUUUUUUACAUGAAUAUUUUCACUUUCAGUACUAAAAUAUACCUUCUUUUUACAUUAAAAUUAUUCCCAGAAUGUUAAA